CCCUCCUGACUCUGCCGCCGCUGCCGCCAUUGGGGCUGGGAGCCCCUCUACACGCCUGCUUUUCGUUACUGACAGGGCCUCCCUUCCUGAUUGGGUGCACUUCCAUAUCCAGACCCCCGUUAUUCCUAAGGAUCCCUCAUCAGUAUCAGGCCUCCCAUUACUGUCUUUUACUGCCCUCCGCCACCUAAACCCCCCCCCCACCCCCACACCUCCCUGUAAGUGGCCUAUAUUCAGGGAACUAAAUAGUCCUGUCCUGCUCUUCCUCCCAGCCUUAUCCCCACAUUGAUGUGUUCCACUUCCCUCCUAGAAAGGACUUUGCCAGGUGUCUGAAGCAUCUUCUUUUUCUCAGAGUGAAUCUAAAAUAUUUUAAGCCCAGAGUUGUAGGAAGUAGGCUGUGAGAGGAGGGGAAGAUUCCUAGAGGCUGACUCCUUUAGCCUGCCACAGGGGAGUGACUUGGGACUGUUGGAGAUGUUUCUUAAAGUUAAUACCCCAACUUUUGGCUCCUCCAGUCGUUUCCCGGGUUUAAAGAUACUUAGCAUCAGCUUACCUAGCCGUUCUUGCUAUGUCUCUAGGAGAACUCAAAGGCCACUGCUCCCUGCCACCCCUUUCUAACUUGUCAUCUAGUUGACCUGAGACCCUCUAGUUCCUAAAGUGCUGAGGGUCAAGGACUCCUGGUGGGUCUGCUUUUGUUAGGGACUGGGUCCAGCACCAAAAAAGGUACCCAGAAGAUUAAGUUAAAGAGACAGCCCAGUGUAUGGAUGCGGGCAAAACUAACUUUCAGUCUGGGGCCGCCCCUGCCACAGCAACUUGUGGCUGGGGAGACCACUUGGCCCUAUCUUUGAAGAAGCCAACGGGGGAGAAAUGGGUACAUACCCAGAAGAAUUAAUAUUUUGCCUUCCCAGGUGUCUGGACUGAUUGGUCCAGGAAAGAACACAAAGUAUGUGGCAGACAGCCAGCUGAUGGAGAUCUGUGAUAAGGCAAUGGCACCUCAAGAGCUGCACCUGAGCUCUGGGGCACAAGUCCAGAAUGGAGGGUGGGAGAGAGACCCCAAGGCCUCUGGUACUAGCAGUUCAAGAUGAGUGACCUCUAGGUUGUGGCCACCUUCAAGAACAGACCCAACCUCUUGAGCCAUUUCCUCACAAUGUCUACAUCAAGAACCCUGUCAAAAGUGGAGUACCCUCUCAAGCCCAGGCCCUACACCUCACCAAGACACUGUCAGAAUUCCUGAGUAUUCACAAGACAAACUCCAGGAAAAGGCCUUCAAGCCUCACCCUGGACAGAAGAGAGGAGAAACUUGAGUUGUUCAGCAUGGGAGGGGGACUAGUUCCUACUCUUGGAACUGAUGGUCCCUCCUGAUUGUUUCAGCAGCCUAUGCCCAGGAUAGGUUUGAGUCCCUAUCCCAAGAUAAGGGCUGCCCCAUAGAGGAUAGCUGGCCACAGAGCAGAAGGCUGCACAAGGGACCCCUCCAACAAGCAGAUAAAGUCUGGAUUACUGGGUUAUGACUCAGUCUUAUGUUUCAAAUACAGAGCAAGACUUGAGGGUUGAAAUCCCCAGACCAGGAGUGGGAAAUUCUUCAAGGGGCCAGGGGCACUAAACUUAGCAACUUGCCUCCACCAUAGGUAGUUCCCAGUUUCCUGGAAAGCACAAGAUAAGGAGGACUUUUGCUUUAGGGGGUGAGGGGAAGUUGGGAAUUAGGGCUGGGUAUGGGAUAGGAGAGAAGAGACAGGAAGGAGAUGAGAGGUUCGAGCUUUAGCAAGAAGAUGGGAUGCAGAGAGUGUAAGGGUUGAGGCCUGGGUUGGGGCAGGGGUGGCAUUACAGGACCUGGCUGGGGAGCAGGGAAAGGCCGGAAUUUGAGUAGAACAAAAGAAGGUUCAUUGAGCUCUUGAGUAUAAUGUUGCCACAAACCAAAGACUUAUUCUGGAAACCCCAGGCACCCCUGCUGGCAAGAGGCUGGCAUUUCUGGAAUAGGACUAAGCAAAAACAAGAAGGUAAGAUUUCUUGGGUCUUUUCCCUGUUUGACAGCAACAACCUGGCACCGGAGAACUUUAUCUUCUCUCACUUUCUUACUCCAUCCUUCCUCCCUGUCUCAUCUCCCUGGGGAAAGCCGCCCCUACCUCAUCAUCCUCAAGGUACCCCAGUGCCACCAAAAAGGGCCUUGUCCUGGCUUCUCACUCUGGAUGUAACUGUUCCAGCCAAGACUCAUCCUCAGCCAGAAGGGCUUGCUCUAGGGACCCAUUCCCAUCAAUUUCUCCUGAUAAGACAGGCAGGCUAGGACAGGAAGUAUAGAGUGGAAGAUGAAGGCAAGUUGGUACUGGCUUGGCCUCAGAUCCCACCCCACCCAAAAUUCCCCUUAUCAGAAUUUGUGUGUGCUCAUAUGAUUGUGUGACUGGAUGAUUGUGAAGAUACAACUGUGUGUGAGUGGCACUUUGAGGACAGCUGGGGCUAUAUGAUUCUGUCUUUGGUUGUCUGUGAGGUUGACUGAAUGAUUGAGGUGUGACUAUGAAUGUGACCAUGGGUAUAUGAGUGUGACUGUCCAUCACUGGAUGCCACCAUGGAUCCUGCCUUCACUUGGUCACUAUGCCAUCAGCCUUCAUAUCAUGCAGUACCCCUCUCUCCAGCUUCUCUGUCCAGGGCUUAGAAGCCAUGGGAAAUGGCAGCCCUAGAAGAGGAAGGGGUCUAUGGCAAUUAGGACUCAGGAAUGUCACAGGAUGAGCAAUACAUCUUCACCUGCCUCUGACUCACCUCGUGCCCCAGGUAAAAGGCACCAAGAUAAAAGGUAGGGGAGGAGGAGGAGAGAGAAGUAUCCAGGCUGAGCAGCAUGAAGGGGCCCUCACCCACAAGCAGCCUCCUUCUGCUAUUGCUGCUGCUGAGUCCAGACCCUGGAGCAGCACUGCUACUGUCACCCAGCAUUACCUGCUGUACUCAGCUCUACCGCCAGCCACUCUCGAACAAGCUACUGAGGAAAGUCAUCCGGGUGGAAUUCCAGGAAGCUGAUGGGGACUGUCACCUCCAAGCCUUCGUGCUUCACUUGUCUCGACGCAGUGUCUGCAUCCACCCGCAGAACCGCAGCCUGGCUCGGUGGUUUGAGCGCCAAGGGAGGAGGUUCCAGGGUACUCUGCCUAACCUAAAUUUGGAGCUGAUAGGGAAAAUGGACCAGGACCCCCAGUACCCAAAAUAAUAAAGCAACACUGGACAAGAGUCUCUGA